CAGAUCUCACUGGAGCAUGAGAUUCUUCUGCACCCCAGGUAUUUUGGGCCAAACCUUCUCAACACGGUCAAGCAGAAGUUGUUCACUGAGGUAGAGGGAACAUGCACGGGCAAGUACGGUUUUGUAAUUGCCGUUACUACAAUUGACAACAUUGGUGCAGGGGUGAUCCAGCCUGGCAGAGGCUUCGUUCUUUAUCCUGUCAAGUACAAGGCCAUUGUCUUCCGGCCUUUCAAGGGAGAGGUAGUGGAUGCUGUAGUUACUCAAGUCAACAAGGUUGGAUUAUUUACAGAAAUUGGACCAAUGUCCUGCUUCAUUUCAAGACAUUCAAUUCCAUCUGAAAUGGAGUUCGAUCCCAAUUCUAAUCCACCUUGUUAUAAGACUGUAGAUGAGGAUGUUGUUAUACAACAAGAUGAUGAAAUUCGCCUAAAGAUUGUGGGGACCAGAGUGGAUAAGAAUGAUAUUUUUGCAAUUGGUUCUCUGAUGGACGACUACUUAGGUCUGGUGAGCUGA